CAGCAUAUUAUUAGAUUAACUUUAUAAAAGUCAUAGCAGGUUAAGCUGCUGUGUCAAGACAAAAAGUAGAAACAAAAAGUUUCACAUUUGCCAAGUGAUUCUGUACAUGAAUUGUACAAAACUUACACUGUAACUGUGCAAGUGAAAAGUUUCUUUUUCAAUUUCUGUAAGAAGAAAUUUGAAUUUAAUAAACAUAAAUAAAAUAAAAUUGUUCGUGUGCACAUCGGUGACACAAAACUUUUAUUUGAAGAUGAAGGCGGAAGUGGAUGCAGUUGAUUUAGAUAUAAAAACGAAUCAGAUUGAAAAUGUCGUGGAUUUUGAUGAAGCUCUUUCGAAACUUGGCAUAAGUUUUGUAUUCCCGGUGGCUGAAUGUGAUUUACGUCUCACAACGCAACACAAAGGUAUAAUAUCUAGCAUAUCAUCAAUUGGAAUAAUAGUUAGCUCGCAUAUGUGGGGAUUUCUUGCGGACACCAAGGGACGAAAAAAUGUUAUCAUACCAACUCUUGUAUUAUCUUUCAUCGCAAGUUUAUUGUCAAGUUUAUCGACAAACUUUACGCUGUUGGUCGUUUUUCGUUUUUUCAGUGGGUUUUUCGUUGCUGGAUCGUCAGCGACAAUUUAUGCAUAUUUAGGCGAGUUCCACAGCUCAAAAAACCGUUCAAUGGUUUUAAUGGGCGCUUCGUUUAUUUAUGGAGUCGCUUGUAACUAUAUGCCAAUCCUAGGAUUUCUCGUACUUAACAGAACAUUCCAUUAUCGUAUUCCUAUUUUGAAUAUUGACUUCAAACCAUGGAGAUUUUAUUUGCUGUCAUGCGGUCUACCGAGUUUACUCUGUGCAAUUGUUUUACUUUUCCUGCCAGAAAGUCCAAAGUUUAUCUUCUCAAAGGGUGACGAAGAAGAAACUUUGAACAUUCUUAAGCGCAUCUACAAAAUCAACAACCCCAAAAGCACAUCAGACUAUAAUGUCACGAGAGUCGUUGAAGAUUUGGAAUUUAUCGAAAAUGACUCGAAAGAAAUAAGAAAUGUCUCGAAGAAUCCUUUUAUGAUGUUGUGGAAUCAAACGAGUCUUUUAUUCUCGAAGAACAACAUCAAGAAGACUGUUCUUAUUUGUCUGAUGCAGUGUAUGCUCUUCGGUUCCUGCCAUGGUCUCUACAUGUUCUUCCCUGAAAUUGUUGACAAAAUUACGUCCUAUUCAAAUCAAUUUCCUUCCGAACGGGCAACAAUAUGUGAAGUUCUUUUAAUUGAAAACGAAUUGACGUUGAAUGUCACUAAAUAUGCUGUAGCAUUGAAAAAUGUUCAGGCAUGCUCAGAAAUAUUUGAAGUAUCAACAUUUGGUCAUUCACUCGUCAUGGAACUUCUCUACAUGUUUGGAUUUCUCAUUAUAACUUUUAUCAUAAACCGCAUCAGCAAACUCACCAUCUUGACUAUGAUUUCGUUUGGUUGCGGUGGUUUUGGCUUUGCCACACAAAUUGUGACACUUCCGAUUCUCUCGAUAUAUUUUUAUGUUUUAUUCAUGCUCACAUUUCUUGCUGUGAAUGUCAUUAAUGCCACUACCAUCGACCUAUUCCCAACAAAUUUACGUGGAAUGGCAAUUAACCUCGCAAUGAUGUUCGGUCGUAUUGGAUCGGUACUAGGAACGAACAUGGUUGGCACAAUGCUUGAUCAAUAUUGCAAAUCAACAUUUGCUUUGUCAGCGGGACUGAUGGUAUUGAGUGGUGUUCUUGCAUUCUUUAUUCCAAAGAUUCGACGAAUAGAUGGACGAAAAAAUACAAAUUAAUGUGUUUAAUAUUUCUAAACGGUUAUUAACAUCUUAUUUCUACCAUCUCAUCGUAACAACAAAAAAUUGUAUAAAUUGCUGAAUAUGAUUGAAAUAUACAAGUG